AUGACAGCCAGUGAGGAUACCAGCAAAUCAGCACUGGAAGCAAGUCUUCACUCCAAGAAGGAGCACUCCUACUACUACGCGCAUCAAAGGAGGGCUACAGGGGAAGAGCCUGCACCGGCCCCCGUUCACCGAGUGAUACAGCGUUCGGCACCGCAGGCCACGGAUCAUGUGGAGGCGGUGUUUAGUUACCAGUUCAUGGAUGGCGACAAAGUUGCAAAGGUGUACGUGCCCAUGGAUGGUGUUGGCAAUCUGUCCAACGACCUUAUAGAGAGCAGCUUCACCGAGAAGAGCAUGAACCUGCAGAUCCGUGGCAUGAAACAGAACAGGACGAUGCAGCUGGCCGUGGCGGAGUUGGACGGCGAGAUCGUGCCAGAGGGCUGCUAUCACAGGAAGAUGGCCAACAAAGUGGUCGUCACGCUGAAGAAGAAGCCCACAGAAGAUGGCCACUGCAUCAGCUGGAGGAAUCUGAGGAAGUAA